AUGCACCCAAUCUCUACUGCAGUGUGCAAUUGCUUGAAUGAUGGUCAGUGUACUGAAGACGGCACCUGCAACUGCCGGAAAGGUUUCCAUGGAGACCAGUGUCAACAUGCUUUCAAGACAAAGUGCCUGGGCACAAAUAAUGCAAUAUACACCUGGAUGGCUCUUGCCAGCUUGCCGUGUUAUCCACAUCUCGACUAUGGCAGCUGCCAGAAGAAAACGAACUUCGUGCACGCCCGCGAGAUGUGCGUGAGAAGAGGAUACAACUUCGUAGACUAUAAUUCCUUCACUGAGCUUGGCUUGAAGCUGGGUGUUAGCGACUGCAUAAAAUCAUUGCUGAGCGAGAUGAUGGCUAGAAGUAACAGCAGCUACAGCACCCCUCUCAAGAUAUGGACAUCGUACAUGUACUUUGGUCAGCAUGUUAUUUACAAGCAAGGCAAGGACAACUCGAGCGACGCACUAUUUGACAGGGAUGGAAGAGGCAAUCAUGAUGUCAUCUGUGAAGCCAAAUGGCUCCAGGCCAACGAUUCUGUACACGCCGCAGCAACUCCAGCACACAGACCCAGCGUGACUGAGCAGUUCGCAGAGGACGCAUGUCAGGAGUACGGAUAUCAUCUCAUUACCAAGGAGUGGCUAGAAGAACAUGGCUAUGUGUUAACAGAGCGCUGGCUAGAGAAGUUGGCCUUAUUGCAUAAGCACCAGCAAGCACCUUACCACGUCGCGUCAAUCCGAGUCAAUGGCCGUUCCCUUUACAGAACCGUAAUGUUUAGCGCACAAAAGCAGACGUUUCAGAACGCCACAAGCAAAACUCAAGCCCAGAUUCUCUGUGUCAAGACAUGUGAGACCGGUGUUCUUGGACCAAACCUGAGUUGUGUGUGUAACCGCACCUCAACCUAUGGUCAAUAUUGUGAAAAGGCAUGCAAGUGCUUGAAUCAGGGUCAGUGUGACAACAAAGGUGAAUGCAGCUGCCCGAAAGGAUUCACCGGAGACAAGUGCCAACUCGUUGUGUGUACACAUCCCUGGGUGAAAAAGAACAAAUUAUGCGAAUGUGCGACCAGACUAGAUGGACCUAACUGCACAGAAGCAUGCAAAUGCUUGAAUGACGGCCAGUGCACCGAAGAUGGCACCUGCAUCUGCCGGAAACGUUUCCAUGGAGAUCAGUGUCAGCACAGUUUCAAGACAAAGUGCCUGGGUACAGAUAAGGCAAUGUACACCUGGAUGGCUCUCGCCGGCUUGCCGUGUCAUCCACACCUCGACGGUGACAGCUGCCAGAAGAAGACGAACUUGACGCAUGCCCGACAGAUGUGCAAGAGAAGAGGAUACGACGUGGUAGACUAUAAUGCCUUCACAACCCUGUCUCUGGGCGUGCGGGACUGCAUGGAAGCAUUGCUCAACAAGAUGAUGGCAAGCAAUUUCAACAACCCUAUCACAAUAUGGACAUCUUUCUUGAGGGAUGGCAAGCAUGUUAUUUACAAGGAGGGCAAGAACAACUUAAGAGAAGAGUUACAUGAUAGUAGUGGAGCAAGCCAUCUUGAUUUUGAGAUGAUGGCGAGCGGUGACAGCAACCCUAUCUCCCUAUCGUCAGGGCAAGGACAAGUUAAGAACAAGUUGAGAGAAGAGUUACAUGAUGAUGGUAGUGGAGCAAGCCAUCUUGAUGUCAAGAUGAUGGCGAGCGGUGACAGCAACCCUAUCUCCCUAUCGUCAGGGCAAGGACAAGUUAAGAACAAGUUGAGAGAAGAGUUACAUGAUGAUGGUAGUGGAGCAAGCCAUCUUGAUGUCAAGAUGAUGGCGAGCGGUGACAGCAACUCUAUCUCAAUAUCGGCAUCGCUCGAGGAGGAUGACCAAAAUAUCAUGUACCAGCAGCGCAAGAACCAGUUAAGAGAAGAGUUACUUGAUAGUAACGGAGCAAGCCAUCAUGAUGUCAUCUGCGAAGCCAAGUGGCUUCACGCCAACUCCUCAGUAUACACCACAGCAACGCCAGCACUGAGGCCCAACGUCACUGAGCAAUUCGCAGAGGAGGCAUGUGAGCAGUACGGACUUCACCUCAUAACCGGGGCCUGGCUGCAAGCACAUGGCCAUGUAUUAAGAGAGAGAUUCCUAGAGAGAUUGGCUAUUCGGCAAGCACCUUACCACGUCAAACCAAUCGUGGUGAACGGCAACUCCCUUUACAGAACCGUAACGUUUAGCGAGAGAAAACAGAGGUUUGUGAACACCACAAGCAAUCACCGAGCCCAAAUCCUCUGUGUCAGUAAGUGA